GAUGGAUUGAUUCAAGCUGUGUACACAUAGGUCAGACAUUAUGUGCGCCUGUCAAUUGGUAUUUCAUAAACAAUUUAGAGAUAAGGAGACUUCUGUUUUAUGGCAGUUUUUAAGGUAUCUACAAAAGACUUUACUAUUUUGGCAGUUAAGUGCUUGCUAAGCGCUGACAGUGGAGAUACUAUAAUUAUAAUUUCUUUUGAUUAGCCCCGGCUAAAAAACUAUCAAUAGAAGUAUUUUGUUUUAUCCUCUGGGAUCAUGAUGACCCUGCCCUGAAUUUACUACCUCACACAGGUUAAACAAAGCCCUCUAUGCAAUAAUUUACCCUCAUUAGGUCAGCCACCUAAUGAGGGUAAAUUAGGUGUACAUCAAGAAGCAGUCCUUGGUCCCAAAACUAUUCACUAUCUAUUUGAAUGCAUUUCUUUUGGAUAAUCUCUUCACUACUAUGAUAAUAAUUUCCUUUUCUAUGCAGAUGGUAUUCAACUACAUGUGCUAAAAAAAAACAACUACGUCCCAGACGCCUCAGUGAUCCUACAGCUUCUUUUUCUGAUACGUUGGUCAAUCUGGGAUUUUUUUCGAAUACAGUGAUGAUUAGUCAUGCUCAGAUUCUUGCACAUAGAGAUCAUUGUGUGCGGGGCUCCCCACAAGGACCCCAGCAGCGGAAAGGCGCAUACAUCUCCAAACUCCGCAUUGGAUGUUUGCUUGGAGACUGGAGGAAGCUGUGAAUUCAUCUGGUUGCAGAUCAAGCUGCUGAUAAGCAGUUGAAAAUACUGACAGUAUUUGCUUCUCUGCAGCAAAGCAAAGCUAAAACUGGUUCAGAAACCUCCCACAUAUACUUAGGAAAAAGAUGGAGAUUGUGAGGAAUCUUUCUAGUGCAGGUCUGACACAUUCAGUGGUCGUGUUGCAGUAGGAUGGCUUAGAAAGCGGUAUGGAAGAUUUGAUUAGGUUAUUAUACUGGCACUCGACUCGACAUACCGAAAUACCUCAUCCUGUCUUGUGAAAGCUCAUUGUUGAUGUCGAAAUAAAACUCGUCUAGCAAUAAAAGAAAAAAUUAAAUAAUGAUUUUACUGUUGCAAACUGCCUGCCUGAACUAUUCACUCUUCAUUGUCUUUUUUUUUUUUUUACCAGUAUCUAAGAAUCAGAUAGAUUUACCCACGUUACCUUUAACCUCUACACACUUUGGCUGUCGGCCUAUUUGGACCAGGUGCUGUCAGAACCCAGAAGGGAUUAUUGAGCUGUGGGUCAUGUGAUGGAGGAUUAGUGGUUCCCUACCGCAGUCAUAGGUUGGCUGGCCAGCAGGUUCAUGUUCUCAUUUCACAACUAUGCUGGGCAACUUCAACACCAGAGAUCUUUUCAACCACUUCUUCUGUGAAACGGCCAAGGGCAACCCAGGCCUGUGGUGUCCUGGGACUCGGUGUCAGCAGACAACUGUGGACGGGCCACGAUGUGAGAGCGGCGAUGAGCGAGCCAUGGUGACCACCCCUCCCAUGUCGCCUCACUCCCCGCAGACAGACCUGAGAGAACGCUCGCCUUCGCCGCACUCUGGCCCCACCACCGCCUGCAGCAAUGGAUCUGCAUGGACCGAUGACGCCGGCCUCGACAACCCUGCAUUUGAAGAAAGCAAUGAAGAAGACAGUGUGCUGGGGUUGGAGUGUGUGGUCCCUAGGGUGAAGCGGCCCCUCAGUAACCCCUGCAUCCAUCUCCUCCGCUCUGUCAGCUCCACCUCCUCUGGCUGGGAUUGCCCUGAGUCUCCACCUCUGUCUGCAGAGGAAGGGUGCGUGAAGUUACCCUCCCUUCCCGAAGGAGAGAUAACAACCAUAGAGGUCCACAGAGCCAACCCGUACGUUGAGCUGGGAAUCAGCAUCGUUGGCGGAAAUGAGACGCCUCUCAUCAACAUAGUGAUUCAGGAGGUGUACCGAGACGGGGUCAUUGCACGAGACGGGAGACUGCUGGCUGGAGAUCAGAUACUGCAGGUGAACAACGUGGACAUCAGUAACGUCCCACACAGCUUUGCCCGCACCACCCUGGCGCGCCCCUGCACCACCCUGCAGCUGACCGUGCUGAGGGAGCGCCGCUGUGCCUCCAGGGCUCCUCCCUCCUCCUCGUCUUCGUCCUCCACCACCCCGGCUGUGCCCCACGCCCCCUGCUCCACGCCCGAGGGUGCCCCCUCCAGCCCCGCCACCCUAAGAAUCACGCUUCACAAGCGAGACUCCACAGAGCAGCUCGGCAUAAAGCUGGUCCGUCGAACGGACGAAUCAGGGGUGUUUGUGUUGGACCUCUUGGAAGGAGGCCUGGCCGCGAAGGAUGGCAGACUGCGGAGCAACGACAGAGUUCUGGCUGUCAACGAUCAGGACCUUUGCCAUGGCACGCCUGAACAGGCGGCUCAGAUCAUACAGGCAAGCGGAGAGAGAGUCCACCUCCUGAUCGGUCGACCCAACAAACCAACUCCACCCCCACCGCCAAAAUCAAGCUCAACCAGAGACCUGUACUGCCUUGAUCACUUCCUGCCAAAUCACAGCUCUACUCCAAGCCCUGUGCCCGUACACCUGUCCCGCACUAGCACUCACAGAGAUCUGUCCCAGUGUGUGACAUGUAAGGAGAAACACAUCACUGUGAAGAAGGAACCCCUCGAGUCCCUGGGGAUGACCGUGGCAGGAGGCCGGGGCAGCAAGAGCGGGGAGCUGCCGAUCUUUGUGACAAGCGUUCAGCCACAUGGCUGCUUGUCCCGGGAUGGACGAAUCAAAAGAGGUGAUAUCCUGCUAAGCAUCAACGGUCAGGACCUGACAUACCUGAGCCACAGCGAGGCUGUCGGGACGUUGAAGGCCAGCGCUGCUUCGCCCUCGGUGCAGCUGAGAGUGCUAGAGGUCAGCAUGGUGGAGGAGCACGACCAUGACGAGUUGCUGCCUCAUGGCCACGACAGCGACUUCGAUGCAAACUGGUCUCCCUCGUGGGUCAUGUGGCUGGGCCUGCCUAGCUACCUGCACAGUAGCCAUGAGAUCGUGUUGCGGAGGAGCCAUCCCGGGAGCUGGGGCUUCAGCAUCGUUGGGGGCUACGAGGAAAGCCAUGGCAACCAGGCAUUUUUCAUCAAAACUAUCGUCCUUGGCACGCCUGCAUACUACGAUGGCCGCCUUAAGUGUGGAGACAUGAUAGUCGCAGUAAACGGCCUGUCCACAGCAGGAAUGAGCCACUCAGCUCUGGUGCCGAUGUUAAAGGAGCAGCGCAGCCGGGUGGCGCUGACCGUGGUCUCCUGGCCCGGCAGCCUGGUGUAACCAGGACAAAAGUCAACGGGCUUCACCCAGAAUGUUCUAAAUCGGGAGCAACCUCGGCCAAAGUGAACUACUGUACAUCGCUCCAUACCGGGCUUAAUCCAGGACCAAACACACCCAGGACUGUUGUAGACCCAGCAGGACCAAGCGAGGCGGGGGGACCGAUCCAGAUUGUGCCACGUCACUCGACAGACUGCACUCCUAAACAGACUGCUGUGUUUCAUAUGGUCAUGUUGUCUUCACUCCCGCAGGGAGAGCCGUGCUGCAACUGUUAACAUGCAGUCUGUGCUGUAUUCACCUCACUGAGCAGUGGUAGAACCUCAGGGUUUUAUUCAGGUGGAGGCAUCGUGGCAAGUCCGAAAUGUUUCAGAUGAACGUGAUCUGAUCCUCUGCCAUCCUAGAUGAAAAGAAAUGAAAUAAAAAAAACACAAAUCCCCUUCAUCAGGUUGCUCUGCUGCAUCAGCGAUGUUUCCAUCUGAAUGAGCCCAAGGCCUUAUUAGAAACCUGCCGCAUCCUGAGGGAGGUCAGCCCUCAGGUAUCAUCACCAUACAACCAGCUGACCUUUUAUACAUGUGUGAAUGUGUGUUUUGUUUAAUAAACAUUUCCUUUUAAGGA